AUGGGCCUCACCAAAGCCGAAGACUCCCCGGGACUUUCUCUGGAACUCGACACUCACCAGGCUCACUAUUCUCCCGGUGACACCAUCAGCGGCAGAGUGAUCCUCAAUACCGCGGACGAGGUCGGGAUUGGGAAAGUCGUCGUUUUAUUCUGGGGUCGGGCGAAAUCACGAAUCAUCCAGCAACACGGCCAAGCGGUCACAUAUCAUCGUGGGCGCACACAGUUCUUCAAACAAGAGCUUGUUCUCUAUGAAGGGCAAUAUACCCACAAAGCCGGCACGUUCAGCUGGUCGUUUGAGUUCCUCGUGCCCGAACAAGCGGACCCAGCAAGCAUUCUAGCAGGAGAGAAAUGGAAGCCCAAGGAUCACUUCCGAGGGACUGCAGAUGUGAACAGUCUCGAACUCACGCUUCCGGCGUCAUGCUAUCAUUCGAGACACAUGUUCGGCCGUCAUGCCGAGUGUUUUAUUGAGUACGUCCUUGACGUGACCUUGACCGAGCCAGACGGUCUCCAUCACAUCCGCGGGCCUCAAAGCAAGGUUUCGGCCCGACCGAUUAUCUUUCACCCUUUGUCGACCCCCGAACCUAUCCAGAACUACAACUUUGUCACCGACCAACGACUUCUCACAAUCUCGACACUGAAACUCCUACCAGAGCAUGCCGGGACCAGUCUUGGACUCCGGGAUCGCGCUCGCUCGAUCUUUCAGCGCGAUUCGCUCCCCAAAUUCUCCUUCAGCCUCACCGUUCAGGCGCCGAGUAUCAUCCAGCUGAUGCACCCGGAUCCAAUACCGUUCCUGAUAACAGCGACACCAGAUUUGUCCCCCGGGCUCACCACCAUCGACAGUUCCACGCCGCUACCCGCCGUAACCCUCAAGGCGGCCAAGAUCGAGUUGAAGACGUACAUUCGCUGCCGCGCGGCUGGCACGUUUUCCGACAGCAAAACAUACGAAAUCCCCAUGCUGUCGUACAAGGCCUUGAAUCAGCCGCUGACAAUGGUCCGUGGCAUGACGACAGCCGCGGAGGCGACGCUGAACCUUGGGCAGCUGGUUGACCUACGUCUGGCCAAUGCGAAAUUGGGAUCCCGACUGGAGGCACCUCUAACCCCCAACUUCACCACGUACAAUGUCUCGCGGUCGUACCAACUGCUAUGGGAGCUGGAGAUUGAGUGCGCGGAUAAGACGGAGAAGUUCUCGUCCGUCAAGAAUGGGCCGGAAUGCACGGUCAUUCUUCCCCCAGCUACCGUUCGAAUGGACAGCAUAUCGGACAACAAUAUGCUGCUGGGAGCGGAUCUAUCCCAGGCCAUGACCGGAACGUCUGCCGAAAGUCUAGGCUCUGGGUCAAGCUCCGGAUUCUGGCAUCGUCGCAGUCACGAAGGAAAAGAAUCGAGCAAGGAGAAGUCUGGCAUAGGCAGCCCCGUCACAUCAAAUGUUGGGGCCGAAGUUGGUGCAUUCGAUCUCGACAGCAAGGGGAAGUCGAAGGCGCAAGAAGCUGCUGAAGAGCGGGCUCUUGCACGCCUGGGCGAGAUUGAAUCGACGUAUCAGAGACGCCACCAAGACUCCCGCAACCUCCGAGCCGACGACGCAGCAGAGGAUACACCGAGGGGAGAUGCUGCUUCGGACGAACCGGCGGUUAUCACUGUAACAGACACGGACCAACAACUGCCAAGAUACAAGCCAUGA